AUGACCAUGAUUCGAUCAAUCACCAGAAGAAAACAUCAAGAGGAAGCAUUCUACAACUCUCUCAAGCAAUUUCCAACCGAAAUUAUACUCUACAUUCUGUCAUUUGCCUUUCCAGAUUCUGCUUUGAUAAGAUUUAAAUUUUCAUAUCCAAACUUUAAAAUUUGCAACCUUAUUAGAACAGUUACUAUAUCACCAGAGGCUAACAUUGCUGGUCUGAAACGAUAUCCCUUCCUAGAAACUGUUGUAAUUACAAGAAAUGGACCCAAUGAUGAUGAUGUAUUGAGUGAACGUGUACAUCCAACCAAGGUUGUCGAUAUUACUCAAGAUGGAAUUGAUAUGACAGAUGAACGGGUAGAAUAUCCAGAAACUGUUAAGAAUUUCGAAGUAGAGGGUGUUGACUUGGAAGAGAUUCAAACAUUUCCUCCAAAUAUGGAAAGACUUUCAAUAAUUUGCAAUUAUCACCAUAGAUUCAAGCUUCUCCAACUUUCAAAUCUUAAAACGUUGAAAUUACAUAGAGUGAAAAUAAUAGGUACUAAUCUCGAUUUUAGUAGUAUUGAGGAUUUGGAAUUGGUUAAUAUUCAAAUAUCAUAUCCACUUCGUUGGAGAGCUGUUGGUUCUUCAAAACCUGUGCUAAAAAUUGUAAUUUCUCCAAAUACCAGGAGGCUUGUGCUUUUUGAUUUCAAAAUUAUCAAUAUCCUUUUUGCAAAAUAUCAACUACUGGAUCAUUUGAAAUAUCUGCAUGUUGAAGGUAAUGAAACAAAAAAGGUAAAUCUUACUAAAUUAGAUGCGUCAGAAUUAGAGACCUUGAUAAUUAAUAGAAUGACCUCUGUAAAUCUUAAUCUUAAUUGUUACAACAAGUUGAGAAAACUUCAAAUUACCAAAUGCAAGAAUAUAGAACAGGUGAAAGGUAUUGAUACAUUGAGUCAAUUGGAAUGUGCUGUACUGAAGAAUAGUCCUUUUGAAUCAUCUCACUUUGAAAGCAUGUCAUCUUUAGCCCAAUUGAAAUUUGUUGACCUAUCCUAUACUAAGUGCACUAACUUUGAUUCCAUCAAGACCAUUUUUAAAUUACCAAAGUUAGCUGUAUUGUUGUGUGUCUCAGAGCGUUAUGUUAAUGUUCACGACACUAAAUCCAACAAGUUACUGAUGAGAAAAGGUUUAGAGAACCACAGCAAUCUCAAACUCUUCACUUUUAAUGCCUCAUGGAUUAAGGAGAAGGAAAAGGGCAAGGUUUAUCUUGAACUUCCAAUGGAUUCUGAGGAGAGAGCACAAGUUAUUGAUCUAUUGUUUAACAAGCCAACACAUCCAAGAGUGGACGAAACUUUCCAAGUCCCACCCACAAACUUUUGGGAUAAUUUUCAUUACAAAGACAAUGACUAUUAUUAUACCAAUAGUAUCCUUGAUAAAUAUAAAUCACAAUUCAAAUAA